UAAAAUAUAGAAAUUUGAUUGUUUUAGAUAAUGAUGUUUAUCUAUUUGGCUUUGAAUAUCUUAAAACUUUACGUGGUGAAACAUUAGAAACAGAUGGUCAUUUAUUAAUUAUUCGAAAUAGUUCUAUUGGUACAUUUCAUUUACCGAGAAGUGAUGAAGAUGAACAAGAUAAUUCAAAUACUAUUGAAGCUAUUAGUGCUGUUAGUGCACCUCAAAUGACUUUUAAAAAUCGUUAUGUUUUACCUAUAAUGCCAUUAACAGUACCUAAACAAUAUAAAUUACUUAAUUAUCAAAUAAUUGACCCAUCAUUAAUUCGUUUUGAUUAUACAACAUAUAAACUUGCUCGAUCAUUACGUGUUGGAGCUGAAGAUGAACUAAUUAAACUUGAUGAAACACCCGUGGAUAGAUCAAUAACAAAUGCUAUAGAAACAACCGAAAAGCCAAUAAUAAUUACU